CAUAGAAAAAAUGAUGUCGUAAAUGGGGAAACUCAUAGGAGUUGUCGUGUAACGGCUUUGACUUCGAUGCCAAUGUACACGUGUGCCACGUACGGCCGGUAGCGAGCGUGCCGAUGGAAUGCGAAUUUCACUUUUCCGAGCAGUUGACGCGCCGGUAUUCCAGUCGUUUCGUUCGUUUCUUAGUUUGAGAAGGGGUGGAAGUGGUGGUGGUGGUGGUGGUGGGUAUACGUGGUAUAAGUGCUGGAAGACGACGAGGAGGAGGAGGAGGAGAAGGCAGAGUGGGAGCAAAUGGGAAUGUAUCGGUUAUUUCAUAUAUAUUUUUUGGUUGUUAUGUUUUUCGUAUCUUUCAAAGUUCCUUGCAAAAAGCUUCACAACUUCGAAUCCGACUACUUAGUGUUCUGCUUUGACUUUUUUUUCUUACAAGAUUCGAUCUUAUCUUCAAACGGAUUGAGAAGACGAACACAAGAUGGUAUCGAGAAGAAAAAUACUCUCUCGUUCGCGAGACAAUCUCGUUGAAUCUCAAUACGAGGAACAAGAGGAGGAAGACGUUUGGUACAAUCUCGACAAAUUGUACAAGGAUCACAUACAAGAAGUUUUGGACAAAUGGAAUCAAAUAGAUGACGAAAUAUGGGCGAAAGUAAUUGUAUUCGAGAGAAACAGACGCGUCGCGAAAGCGUACGCUAGGGCACCGGUUCUCACGAUAAACGGUUCGAAUGAUGGCUUCGACGGCUUCAGGAUAGGACUUUGCGGUUUUGAUAAUCCAAUGCGUGAUCCGAAGACGGAAGAAGCUAAACGUCUUAUUAAUCAAGGAGUUAAAAUUAAAAUGGACGAACAAGGAAAUAUUCUUAUUAAAAGGUUGUGUAAAAAUAACGUUUACAUAAAGCCUACCAAUCAGGAGGAUAAUGCUAUCGGUCCUGAAAUUAUACGUAACUCGCAGGGUGCUCUCGAACACGAAAAACCUGGAAAGUUGUUCGAUGUGAACAAAUUUAAAACAAAUUUGUAUCGCGAAACUCGACGAGCUUAUCCCGACAGAAGAAGAUUAGAAAUGCAAUGUUUAAGUGCUAUUGUCUUCGUGAGAACGGAAGCAGAUUUACUGCAAUGCCCAGUUUGGGUUCUAAUCGUAAACGUUGUUGGACUGGACAUGCUCAAGUCCAAACUGCCGCCAGUUUUAGCCUUACAAAGGCCUGUAGAUAUUAAGAAUCGUCCAAGGAUACCAAUUCCAGAUGAAGAUCCUUACAGCGUAGCUGGAGUCUCGUCUUCUGUAGGACCUAGUGAAAUAAUGCAAUCUGACAGAGAUUCAAGAGAACAAAUUUAUAUGCAAUCUACCAGUUACCAACAAAGACGAACUGAGAGACCACCUAAAUUACCACCAAGAGAAAAUCUUUAUGGUCAUGAUAUACCUAAGCCUGAUUAUGAUGAUAUAGAAGAUGAUUAUUCUAGAACGAUAAAACCUGCUAAUGAAGAAAAAAGGAGCAAGAAUGACGAUAGAAAAAAAUAUGACGAUCCAUAUUAUUGCGGAUUACGUGCACGCGUACCUAAUUUCGUAAAAAUGGCAAGGAACGGACAAAAUAAAGGUGUUGUACCUAGAGGAAAUGUUAGACCACAACCUGCACCAUCUUAUGCUGGCUCCGUUUAUACAAGUAGUCAAUCGUCUCAGAUUUAUGGACAUCACGUUCCCGCGAAUCGACCACACAUCAUGUACCACGCGAGAAGUUUUGAGAGUGGGCUUGACUCGGAUAAUAGAAUCGAAUCGCCGUACAACCAUAUAUAUGGAAGAUUACCCAUCCCGACGAGAGGCGUGAUACCUCCUGCACCGCGUGCUAUGUACAUUGGAGAAUGGGAUUAAGUUUAAACAAGUAUCUCAACGUUUGUACCUAUAAACUUGUAUAUUGUUAAUAUACCACAUAAAUACUCAUAUUUUUAUGCUAUCGAAAAAAAAUGUUGAUUAUAAUUUUUACUUUAUAAGUCUCAUCUUAGAAAGAUAUUUCAUCCUUUUCCAUUAUCUAGUUCAAUAAUCUCGUUAGAAUCCUAUAUACUCAUACCUAUGUUUAUUUAAGUACUUAGAUAUGCAUACGAUUAUUAGAAAUUGCACUUAAGAUAAACUGUGAGAUCUAAGUUUAUAUACAUUACUUACCAGAUAGUGAGA